GCGCCACGCGGAGCAUUGUGGGAAAAGAGUGGCGCAACUGGACGGGAUGACAAAACACGACAGGCGUGCUCGGUGGGCCUUGAGAAGGCAAAGGGAAGGGGUGGACUCGUACGGAAAGACGUAACGGGGUGUGUGGAGAGUUGGUGGCUGCGCUUGCGCGUAGAGCUAAAGCCGGCUUGAGUUGAGAGGUUGGCCGCUGGGCAAGGGAGGAGGGGUGAUUGUUGUUGGAGCGGCAGCCGCAGAGGGUGGCGCGCGGACGCGGCGCCGGUUGGUAUCGAUUCCUCCCUCAGUCAUAGUCACGCGAUUCCUUUUCUCCUCCCUCCCCCUUCUUUUCCCUCCUCGGGCGCGCGCCCUUGUGUUCAUUCGUUUGCUUCUCUCGGUCCUGUUGCUGCUUUUAAUCCGGUGCGGACAAGACCAUGGCGGAGCAAGCCAAUAGGGCUAUUUUAAUAACUGAGACCAGACAGCGUUUUGAGACAGAAUACAUCCCAGAAAAAUCAGAUACAUAUGAUUCAAGAGAUGUGGAGAGAUUGCAGCAAGAUGAUGCCUGGGUUGAUAACUUUCUGCUAUGGCGACAUGAUUCAGUGAAUGAAACACUGAAGAUGAUUGAUGAAAGCUUUCAGUGGAGGAAGGAAUUUGCCGUUCAUGACUUGAUAGAAUCUUCACUUCCAAAUUGGCUGUUUGAAAUUGGCACCCUUUAUCUGCAUGGUUAUGAUAAGGAAGGCCAUAAAUUAUUUUGGUUCAGAGUGAAACUGCAUACAAAAGAUGCUAAAACGCAGUUUGAGAAAAAGAAACUGGUAGCCUUUUGGCUAGAGCGCUAUGCCAGGAGGGAACAUGGGAAACCAUUGACUGUAGUGUUUGAUAUGGCUGAAACUGGACUAAGUAACAUGGACUUGGAUUUUGUCCGGUACAUCAUUGGCUGUUUUAAAGUCUAUUAUCCUAAUUUUCUCUCAAAAAUUGUGAUUUUUGAAUUGCCCUGGAUAUUGAAUGCUGCUUUUAAGCUUGUGAAAACCUGGCUUGGUCCAGAUGCAGUAGGUUUUCUGAAGACAGUCAGUAAGAAUGAUGUCCAGGAAUAUAUCAGUGCUGAAUAUCUGCCACCUCAUAUGGGAGGAACUGACACCUUCAAGUACAGUUACCCUCCACUGGUGGAUGAUGAUUUUCAAACUCCAUUGUGUGAAAACGGACCUAUUACUAGUGAAGAUGAAACUGAAAGCAAAGAAGAGAUAGACAUGGACAAUAAGGAGAAUGCAGAUGCUAAUGAAGAGCAAGGAUCCAGUUCAAAAAAGACAAAUCUCACAGACCAAAUUGCCAAGCCAGAAGAGACUGAUAAAGUGGAUUCCAAAGCAAAAAAUGCAAAGAAGGCACUAACAACUUUUAAAGGACUUUUAUUGCACAUCAGUCCAGCAGAAGAACUGUAUUUUGGGUCCAGAGAAACAGGGGAAAAGAAAUGCUUGAUUGUUCUAACAAAUGUGACUAAAAAUACAGUGGCAUUUAAGGUGAGAACAACUGCUCCUGACAAGUACCGAGUAAAGCCAAGUAACAGCAGCUGUGAACCAGGCACAUCACUUGAUAUAAUAGUGUCUCUUCAUGGUGGCUGUACAGCUUCCCUGCAAGACCGCUUUUUGAUUAUGGCAGCAGAAAUGGAUCAGUGCUCUGGAACAGGAACUCAAGAGUUGGCUCAGUUUUGGAAGGAAGUUCCAAGAAACAAAGUGAUGGAGCACAGAUUAAGAUGUCAUGUUAUAGAAAGCAACAAGCCUUCGACUUUAACAAUAAAUGAGAAUGCCUUUAAUGUUCCUGCAAAAACAAAUGAAGAUCUACACCUACAGCUAAGACAAGUAUUGCACAGUAAUAAAAGACUUCAAGAACAGAUGGAUCGCUGUGUCUGGCUUCAGCAAUUGACUAUGGUGUUAGUGUUGCUUCUAGUUGCCAAUGCUGCCUUUUGUUUCUACAUGUUAUGCACUCAGGGAAGGUAAAUAGCAAUGCCCUGUACAAUAAAUGCUGCCUAUAUAAUUCAAUGUGAGAGGAACUGAUAGUGGUUGGAUGAACUGUGAAACUGCCCAAAACGAGAUCUGUAUGGGCUUCCUUGGAAGCUGAAAAUCACGAGACUGAGCCAUGCUGUUCAACACAAAUAGACCUUAAUGGUUCAAGAGGAAGGGGAAAAAUAAGAUAUUAAAGUAGUCAGUUUCACUGGACACUGUAAGAAUUUAGAUCUAAAGACAUUUUAUAACUUAACAGGUUUAUUUCUGUCAUGCAAAUUACAUAACAUGUAUCAAAACUUAAUUAUAUACAAAAAAUGUAACAUUUCUCUUCACAUGCAUGUGAAAUGAGAAUUACUUAUAUUUGUAUAUAAAGUGUAUGGGUGUACAUAAUAUGCAGUGAUGCAGUUCAGAAUGGAAGAACGGUGUGUGAGGGGGUCUUGUUCAUAUUUUCCAGAAUUAUUAUAGCUAUCUUAUGCCAAAUUAUUUUCAGCCAAUGUUAAUCUUACAGCCAUAGUUCCCCUGAAAUGCUUGCCACAGUUCCAAAGAUACCCGAUUAAAAGCUUAUACUAGUCAGACUAGUGUUGCACCAUGAAUCAAUCGGUAGGAUUACAACUCUGCUUUGUCAGAAAUAGAGGCUUUGGGGCCUCAAUAUUCAACUUCAUGGGGUGGGAGGAACAGUGAUGAAGUGCUAUUGGUUGUGUUGGGCUUGUCACAUUGGUCUGCAAGGAUUCUGUGGUUUGAUAUGGGUUUUGCUGGGCUUGUUGCUUCUCUUUGUAUUCGGAGGCUUUUGGCCUGUAGUUGCUCAUAUGUUUUGUUAUUCGUUUCUUUGAUUUUCCCUCCUUAAACAAUGGAGACAAAUAGGAUGGCUGAGGGCAACUUGUUCAGGGAAACCUGGAUCUUUAGUGUUAACAGGCAGCAUUAGGUCUCCUGCAACUUUUGUGUCAGGUGGUUAAAAAAACAGCCACUUCCACCUGAAGUCCACCAUACAGGAUAAUGGAACCAGAAUAAUUUCUUUCUGAAGGGCCACAUGUAAUGGAUAACAGUCUCAUAACUCUUGGGCAGCAAAUAGUGUCAUAAAUUGUUGUUUAGUUAAGCUUCAGAUAUUGGGCUGAAUCUUACAUGUUGGUAAUGCUAAAGGUAGAGCUUUCCUACAGCACAACGAUCCUUCUGCCAGCUUAAGAGGCUAGUAUAAAUAUAUUUUUGGACCUUUGCUCUAAGUAAUGUGAUAUGAAAGAGAGAGCUGCAGGGACAUUAAAGGCACUGUGAAAAUAGUAGACAUCACUUAAAAGAAUUUCAGUGGUGGUCUAAAAGAUACAGAAAUUUGCCUGAGAAAUGCAGAAAUGCGAAUAAACAUUACUUUAACUAUGGUCAUGUCAUUUGAAAAUUUAAAAACUGUAAAAUUGCUGCAGUGGUCUUUGACAACAUUAAACCUUUUUAAUUUGGUUGAGUUCAGGCAAUGUAUUAAAUAAGUCAUAUCUGGAAAUGCAAUUCUGAGAUCAGUUCGGAGUGCUCAUUUCCCCUGAAGAAUAACUGGAGUCAUGAUUUGCCCUCUGUACUACAUUUGCAGUUCUGCUUCCAGUUAGAAGAUCCUUUGCAAAAACAGUAUCAUUCCCAGUUUUUCCAUUUCUCCACAAAGUGCCUCAACUGGAUAGGACUAUUCACUCUUCUGGGCUGUUGUCUCAGGUUUGUAAAAACUGAUUAGUAGUUAUUGAUGUAAAGUUAAGCUGCAGUUCAGCACAGUAAAGCAUAUUGAUAUCAUUACUGUUAAGUGUGCUUAAUUGUAUUGAAUUGUGGCCUUAAUGUGAAAAAGUUUUACUAUAUUCACUGCAGAAUGAAUAUUCAUUGCUGAGAUUUAAACUGUAUUUAAAAUGGCCAAGAAUAGUCUUAAGAACAAAACAAAUAUGUGGGUGAGAAAAAAUGAAUGCUUCUCCCCACCCCGCUUAAUUCCUGAUUAUUAUUCCAGGAAUAUUUUCUCAGCCAAGAUUGGUCUGUAUCAAGCUGGUGGGAAAAGGAAUAACAGGUCUGAAUAUGAGAGAGAAAAACUGAGGGAGGCAAGCUCUGCACUAGUCACCUGGUUGCUUUUGCAGUGGGCCUUGUUACCCUCACUUUAUGCUAUUUGGAAAGGUUUGGAUUUAAAUGAACAGAUCUGCUGUCAUCACAUCAGUUUGCAGCCAUGAUCGAGGAUUAUAAUAUUACACAUUAUAGACUUCUAUAAUGCAGGAUGAUCUCAGUGCAGUGCAACUGAGACUUCAUGUAGGCAUGAUAUAUCUUUGUAUUAUUCUUGUUAUGCUCAUAGGGCUGUACUGAUUUAGACUGAAGUCAUAAGUUGUUGCAAGAUUCUCAGCUAUUUUGGAUGGGUUCUCUUCUGUCCAUUAAAAAGAGAAGCCAGUUCAUGGUCUCAUCAGAUUUGAGAUCUGAAAAGCCAAUUGAAAUUUUUUACAGUCUGUGUUAACAUGUUAAAACUGAAUAAUGUUUCAUUCCAGUCUCAAAAUUGGACCUGUUUUUAAAAAUGGUUAUCACUUAAUCUGAAGACUGACUUGCACUUUAUUGAACACUUUCAAAAAUAUAUUCCUAGUAUCUAUGCCAAUAAAUAGACUCAGUGUUCUGGUGCUUGAAUAUUUUCAGUAUUUUAUUACUGUAUUCAUAUUUUCUAUGUGUAUUUGAGCAGAUAAUGUUUUCUAUUUUAAUAUGUUAUAGAAGAAUAACUGCAAUUUAUGAAAUAAAAAACUUGUAGUCACAAA